AUGAACUCAAACUUCUUACGCCGUUUACGAACUGCUAAAUCGUUAAACGCUGUACUUACUGAUCGGUUGGGCGGUCGUCAAUCAAAAAAACUUGUCAUAGAUUAUUCUAGUCCGAAUAUUGCAAAGCAGUUUCAUAUAGGAAAUCUACGAUCCACAUUAAUUGGCAGAUAUCUUGAUAAGGUUCAUCGUGCUAUUGGUGAUGACGUGACCACAGUGAAUUACCUCGGUGAUUGGGGUACACAAUUUGCAAUGAUUUCUACAUACUGGCCGCAGGUGCGGCCAUCGGAUUCAUAUUGGAAUUCAUGUGGUGAUGUUGACAAAAUUCGAGCCCUAACUGAUUGCUACGUUGUUGCAAACAGAAAAGGGAAGGUGGAUGAGAAUUUCAGGGAGAAGGUUCGCGAAACAUACGCAGAAAUGGAGAACAGCAUAGCCACAGGAGACUUAUCCUCUCCAACUAUGCAACUGUGGCGGGACAUUCGGGAGCUUUCCGAACGGCAUUUGAACCAUUUCUACUCCAUGUUGAACAUUGAAUUCGAUAGGUGGCAAUAUGAGUCUUCAUAUGUUAAUGAUGCUCGCUGUUUGGUUGCUGACAUGGUGAAGAAUAAGGUAGCUCGCCAAACUGCAAAUGGAUUAUUGGUUGUGGAUUUUCCUGGUGAUGAACUUGAGGAGUAUGCGGUUGUAAGAAAGAGUGACUCUACUACGAUAUAUUUAUCCAGAGAGCUGGCAUCCAUUCUGAACCGCGACGAGCUCUUUCAUGCAGAUCGAUACCUUUACGUUGUCGAUCGAGCACAACGAAGGCAUUUCGAAGCUCUGAAAAUGAUUUUGAGAAGGAUUGGGAAAGAGUCUCUUGCAGAAAAGGUUGAGCACGUGCCCUAUGGACGAGUGAAAGGGUUGUCAACAAGGUAA